CGCAUUUUGAUCUGUUUCUGCGAAUUAGGAGCAAUCACCUUCAAUUCCGGAUACGACCAGGAACUUUUUGGAAUGGUAUUGUAAGUGUAUUUCCUCUCGAAAUGCGAUCGGGAUGAGCUUGAAAUAGACGGGGGAUUAUUUCCGAGUUUGUUACGAAGACAUUUUAAUCAACGAUCGGCUAACUUCGGAAUUCUUCGCCACGGAAGAGCCAAUUCUCUGCCCAGUUUCUCACGGACGAAAAUAUUGGCAGCUGUGCAAAAAUGGCGGAUCUUUAACCUUUGUAUGAGUAAAGGAAUCUUUCGGCUUCUAUUCAGGCCAAGGAGAUCUCCCUCUAAAAGGGAGCAAACAGAACGUUGGAAGAAAAAUGGCUACUAGGAAUCUAACGGAGAUUUAUAUCAAUCUUCGCACUGAAAUUAGUCGUUUCAAGGCCUAUUCACUCGGUGACUCCGUACGUAGUGAUAGCCCUGGGGUACUGUACUGACAUAUACUGCCGCCAAAACAUACACUGUGUGUUUUAUGUUGUACCAGAUGGAGAACUUUCCUGAUGAUGAUUUGUUUUGAUUUAAUUUAACCAGGACGAUGACACAGUAGCACUCGUUCGAAGAACAAGCGAUCUCGAACUUGGCGUUCAAACCGGAGGAAUAAGCUCCUUACCUCCGCAAUGGUGGGUAUGAUUUUCUUGGUAAUCGUGGAAUUUAGAGUGUGAGGAUGAUGUUUUUUCUAAACUUACUUCUGAAAUAGAAAUUUAUUUGCCAAUAUAGCUAUAUUCAAGAUACGAGACUGUAUGAUCUAGUAACGUAUGAUUAAAUGCAUGUAUGUUAAAAUACAAUGCAUGGAUUAUUGUUUUUGACUAACAAGUCAGUCUUUGAAUGAUAAAAACUUCUGCAUCGCUUAAGCCUCCUUUCCCAUAAUCGAUUUUUUAUUAAGGCAAAGUUCUAAAAUAGUGAAUGACAAAACCACAGCUACUUUCAACUAUUGUUUAUCAGGAAAUGAACAAAAAACAAACACAAAAACAAGCCAAUAUGUUCUUAGCUGUUGUGUAUGUAAACUUUCGUUUUGAUUUGUGUUAGAUUAUGGGAAUGAAACUGAGAUAGGGACCAUAAAAAUUGGCUGGCUUGAAAUUUUUCAGUUCAAAGACAGUUUUCCAAUGUAGAUUUGUCUUUUGCUCAGUAGAUAUUCCAAAGCAUUCUAAUUCAUUUCCUUUAAUUUUCCAGGGUUGAUGUUGUGGAAGAGGUAGGUAUAAGCUAUAGAACUUCACAAGUUUUUAUCUCGCCCAAAAAUUUACAGUAGAACCUGGGUAACUCAAACUCUGAAGAGAAACAAAAAACAGUUCAAGUUAGCGGGGGUUCAAGUUAUAGGGGUCGAUUGAAUUGUCAAUCUUCUGUGUAAAUAUUGAUAGUUUACUGAUAUUUCAGCACUUCAGUAUACAGCAGAGUGCAAAUUAAAUUUAUCUCAUUAAAAAUUGUGACACAUCUAGACUAUACAGAAAUAUUUUACUGCAUGAAAACAAUAAGUUAACCAGAAAAGACAGCAAACAGCUUAUAAGAGAAAACAACCCACAAACCUAUCAUGAUACACGGACCUUAUUCAACCGAGACUAUUAGUAAAUAUGAUCAAUAAACAGUAAUCUAUAAUUUAUAGUCAACAUUAAAUGCCUUGUGGCACAAGAUAAAAAUAUUUAUACGUUUCAAGAUUCUUUCCUUUUAUUUUGUCACGUUUCUUCAACUUAUUAAAAAACGAAUUACGCGUGUAGUUUGUUUGCAUUUUGUGACCUUGAAAAGUUUAAAGAUUACUCAAAUCCACUGGCACAUACAUCAAAAAAUGUAAAUAGAUCAAAUGGUCGAUAACAGAUUUUUUACCAUAAUAUGAGUUUGGUUCAAAGUACUGAAGAACACGAACUUAAAUUGUUUUUUGUUUAAAAACGAUUCAUCUUGAAGCUCAAUAAUUGACAUUUUUAAAGUGAAAACCCUACACAUACUUUACCUUCUCACUCUUACAGUGUACAUAUACAGAACAUCUUCAGUAAAAUACGAGUUGUGUAUAUAUCAGUGUCAUGUGUGAGUGAAAUUAAUUUAUAUGGGUUUUUUUAAAGUUCCCAUUUUCAAUGGCUUUUAGUUUACACCUCAAUAAAAGUUAUGCCUGUUAAAGCAAGCUGUGAACUUUCAAAGUUUAUCGAAACUCGCUAAUGCUAACAUCAAUCGUGCUUGUUGAACAGGGCGCAGAGACACAGAAAUUAGGAGAAGCAUAACACUUGAUCAUGCACAAAUUUAAUGAUGCAGUUACAAACAAAAGCAAACACUCUGGACCACAUUAAGAACAAUACUGUAAGCUCUAGUAUGCUAAGUCACCAAACCUUGUACCAAACUUGUAGUAACUUGCCUCAGUACUUUAUUUCUCUCAAAUUAGUACACCUGUACUUAACGCUCCUGGUGUAGCUUUGUAUUCUGGAAGCUUUGUUGCUCAUUUGCCCUCUCGCUAAUAAGGCUAUGAGAUGAAAUUGUGUGCAAAUUUCUCAAAGUUCCUGUUUUGGCCAGACAAGACUAGUGUUCUUCAUCCUAAUCUGAAAUUUAGACCUCCAAAAAGGCGUGUGUUGCAUUAAACAGAAAUAAAUAAAUCUUUAAACAGACUCUUUGAAGACGGACAGACAUGUUUUAUGGAUCAAGCAAAGCCCUCUAGGUUACUGGGUUGAUAAUUAAAAGUGUUCAUUUUUUAAUGUAGGAGACCAAAAAAUUCCAAAAUCAAAUUUAUGAACUGGGCAUGCCUUGAGGCAGCCCAGUUAAAAGCUAAUGGGAGGGCAUUUGUGGUAAGUUGCAAGAACCAGAAUUUGAGUCAUCAAUGUAAAUUUUGAUGAAGGGAAACAAAUGUUAUUAUUUUUAGUUCGAGUUACCCAAGUAAAAGUGACUAAAGAGUUGGGUCAAAUCCAAGGGAAGUGAGACUGGAGUUAGCGGGGAAUAUGAGUUAUCCAAGUUCAAGUUACCAGGGUCCUACUGUAUAUUUUUAAUUUUUAUUUCCUCUUGUAGAGUGUCAAGGUUUGAAUUUAUCAAUUCCUUUCUUCUUUUUUACGUAGAUUCAAUAUGAAAUUACUAGGAUAAAGCAAAGAAGUAAGUUUAAGCUUAAGUUAAAUUGCUGUAGGCAGUAUAUUAGAUUCUAUAUCAGGGUUUUCAUUAAGAAUUCUGGUAGCAGGAGAAACGUGUAACAUUACAGGAGAAUAUUUUAGAAGAGGCUCCUCACGUAAAUCAAAAUAGUCAUAGCAGGGUUGUCAAAGGUAGCCGGCUGCCGGCGAAAAAUAUCGCCGCCUACUUGGUUAGUAUCGGCCGGCUACUCUGCUUAGCAUUUCUUUACAAAUGGCAUUUUUAAAUAAAAUAUCUCUGGACUGGCCGCUUACUUUAACAACUCAGCCGUCUACUUCAAAACUUUCUGACAACCCUGUAUAGACUACCGAACAUUAGCCGGAGAAUUUUGUGUAGUAAACUGAGAAUUCCCCAAUCUCCGAUGCCUAAUGAACACCCUGCUAUGUGUUUGUUUUUAACAGUUUGUUUUCUGAUGUGUCAUCACCUUUGUAGUGUUACAACUAUGAGAAUUUUGAAAUAUUCCUCCAAACUGUUACUGAUUUUUUUUUAUUUUUAUGGUAAUUACUUGAGUAUCGAAAAUGUUCUAAUAGGAGAAAAAGGGAAAAGGUAAUUGAAGAUUGGAAUCAUUUUUUUUAGUGCAAGAGUUGUCAACUCUUCAUGAUCGACACCUGAACAGACCAACGCUUGAUGACAGUGUAGAUGAAGAACAGACAAUAGAAAUAACUACGAAGGAAAUCACUCAGGUUUGUACUCCAGCCUUAUGCCAAUGAGUACUGUUUUUAGACAGGUGCGUUUUUAGGAAGAGGGGAGGUUUUCCUGCGGUGUACUCCCUAUAAUGCCCUGUAUGACGAGGCUCCACCCCAAAGGGCAGGGAUUUCACUAGUGGAAGUAUUUGAAAGGGCAGGAACAUUUAUCAUUUUGACCUGUUAAAGGACCCAAUAGGGCUAACAGAUGCAUUUUAUGGCUGUGAAAAAUUCAAGAAAACUUUCUAGUUUUGUGAUUUAUUCAUAUUUAAAGUCAGUGCAUUUUAGCCUAUAGAAGGGAUCAGAGUUAAAUUAGGUUUGUGAAGGGAGUACCACCUCUCAAAAGAAAUUUUAUGAAAGGGAUACCUUUUUUGUCAGAAAUGGUAUGUAAAAGGACAAGGGGUUGGACCUUGGGGUGGAGCUUCUUGCUAUAUAUCCCCAUAUAUAUGUAACUUUGUUGAGUUCCCCUUCCAGGGGACAGUAUGUAGUAUUACUCUUGGCUGCACCAUGCUAUGGAAACGUUGACGAAAUUUAGACAAUUGGCUUACUCAACAAAAAUUGUAUUUAACCUUUUACUCCUGCUAACAGCCAAUGUAAACAAAUUGACAAAAAUUCCGAAAAAAAAAAAAUUUGUAAGGAAUUAUAUUAGCAACAUGCAAAUGUUAUUUCUGAGAGGUUUUAGAGAAUUUCUUGACACCUGAUUUGCAUACAAACACUUUCAGUAAUUUCUCUUGCAUUUACCUUGCUGACUAUAAAACUGAAAACCACAUGAUUUGUAUUUCUUUUAUUGUUAGAUGUUCCAUCAGUGUCAAGGUUCCAUUCAAAGAAUAGGGAGGCAAAGUAGAGGCACUUCAAAGCAAGAACAACGUCUUCUCAAAAAUGUCAUGUCAUCACUAGCUGUCAGUCUGCAGGAUCUGUCCCUGAACUUCAGGAGAGGACAGUCAUCAUAUUUGAAAAGUGAGUAUUUCAGAUGUCACUGGGUUUGGUUAUUUUGUGGUUUAGUGCACCCUAGAACCCGAAAUUCUUAUUACUGUUGGUUGCAUCUAAGCGUGGACACGAGACCAAAAAACAUGUUCUAAUAGGGUGCCAGACAUGACCUGUUUUGCCACCAAAAAUUUGAAGUUUGACAGCUGUUAAAGCAAACUGUCACUCCACAGGUUAAGUUGUUUACAUGUUUUUGAUCAGCACGUUCCUUUCAUCUUUUAUUUUUCUCAAGUUUCAGUAAUAUUUCUUGCUCAGAAACAGCACACUUGCUUUUAAGAAUUAUUCUUUAGGGAUUUGCAACUCUCUAAAUUCGAUAAACAGCUACCUACUUUGCACAUGAACAUUAGUCCAACGUCACCCCAAACUUCAACAGUUUGGCGCCAAAACGUGUCCUGUUUUCACCCGAUUAGAACAUGUUUGUAUACUACUGCUACCCUAAAAUAAGGACUCUUUAUGCUUACCGUUCCCUUUCACAACAAGAAUUUGCCUAAAGUGAGAGUAUAGUGUGUAUACUGUAGUGAGAGCUUGACAUGAUUUUUGUAGCCAGAAAUACAAUGUAAAUGACAGUGUUACUCUCCCCAGUUGUAGUAUAGGCCAUCCUUUCCUAGGAUUAUUUCAUCAUUACAGUGUGUUUAAUAAUACUGUUCCGGUUUAAAAAAAAACACAUUAUGGAAAGUUGAGACCUUCAACUCUUUUGUACUGGCCUCCAGUUUGGAAUUCAAAAUGUACUGUUGCAUGUCUGCAUGACUUCCAUCAUCAUCCAUUAUUGUGUUGUUUCAGAAAAUAUUCAUACUCCCCGCAAGGAUGGUAUUUUGGUUUAAAUGCCCUCAACCCUCUGGAAAUUUUAGUUUAGUUUCAUACCUUCCUUUAAAAAAUAUUUUAGCCUUUAAGACCCCCCUCCCCUUUGCAAUUUCCAGUGACCAUCCUUGGGGUGGGUAUGGAUAUUUUCUGGAACCACAUAUUUUAAGGUUGACACACUGAUUCAUUUAGAUACGUGCUGGUAAGGCUUUAGCGAAUUUCCCUUUUUAGGACUGAAGAAUCGAGAAGAGAGGGAAAGACAGUAUUUUGACACUGGUCUCCCAGCUACCAGCAGUGCACUCAUGAAUGAAGAUGUUGUUGAGGAUGAUGAACUUUAUGAUAGAGUGAGUGAUCUUCUUCAUUUAACCAACCAUACACAGCUGGCCCCGGUUGUUCAAACGUUGGAUAGCGCUAUCCACCGGAUAAAUCACUAUCCAGCGGAUAGCUUAAUUGAUUUCCGUAAUACUUAUCCGCUGGAUAGUGAUUUAUCCGGUGGAUAGCACUAUCCAACGUUUGAACAACCGGGGCCUGUAGUGCCAAAUGAUCUCAAUUCAGUCAUGCACAAGUUGCAAUGUCUCAUUAGAGCUGUCAGUUGAUUGGUAUAGUAAUGUUUACAAUAUUUUGAGCUGGCAUGAUUAAUAUUUUGUGAGCGCUGUUGAAGCUCUUGUGAGCAAACAUCCCUGGGAAUUGGACGAGGGAAUCACUCUUGCAUACAGCCUAUUGCGUUACAAAGGAUAAGAAAGUGCAUAUACAUACGCAACUUAACUGUCUGUGGCUGCUGAUAAAAAUAAUAACUUACAAGAGACUAAGUGGGAGUGUAAAUGGUGUUUUGUAAACUGUGUCAGCUGUAAGUAGGUAUGUCUGCUCACAGGAGCUUUGAGUUUAUGGUUUUAUAGGCACAGGUGUUUCAGGGGAGGAUGUCUUCAUCAUUCUAUUCAUGUAUGCUUUAUUAGCUGAUCAUAGCGUUUCUGUCUGUGGAGGUAAUCCUGAAGUAUCCUGAAGUGUGACAAUUCAAAUAAAAUCUUUUCCGCAGUACUCUUACCUGUAUGUGGUACUUUUUGUCUGCUUUAUAUAAACUUGUUUUACCUUUCUGUCUUUGGGCAACUUAUUCUUUGUGUUCGCAUUGACCACUUAUGCAUGAGUUUGAUAUUUUGGCGGGGAACUGUGCCAUUUUAAUGUUGUUUUAUAUUUCAUGUUGUUUGUUAACAGGGAUUUACUUCUGAUCAGAUGAGGCUGGUUGAAGAAAAUUCAACUUUAAUUGAGCAUAGGGAGAAAGAAAUACAGUCAAUAGUGCAAUCAAUAUCAGAACUAAAUGAAAUAUUCCGAGACCUUGCUACUAUGAUAGUAGAGCAGGUAACUAAAGAAUAUUAUUUGUCCUUUACAGGGUCGUAAAGGUCCUGAAAAACUUGGAAAGUCAUAAAAUUUUAGAAUUUCAUUUUCCAGCUCUUGAAGGUCUUGUAUUCUAAUAAUUGUCAGUCCUGAAAGUCCUGGAAAAUUAAAGUUAAGUUUGGUAGAUUCAUUACUGUAGAUGUCCGAGCAAGGACAAUGCAAGAUAAAGUCAAGAGCACAAAUAGCAUGCAUUUUGGUGAACAACAGGUUAUGUGUGUGUUGAACUUAGUAAGGUCAAAAAAUAACCUGAAAAGGAGAGUUGUUAAAAUUUUCCAGUGACAGCUUUACACAGGGUCAUGGAAAAGUUGAAAAGUUAUGGAAAAAGUCAUGGAAAGUCAUAGAAUUAGAGUAUCUCAAAAGAGUACUUACCCUGCUUUAAAAAUUUCUUCUUUAUCUCUGAAGCUUCAAGAAUAGUGGUCUGAAAGCUGGAUGUUUGAAUCUUGUUUCUUUUUCAGUGGACCAUAGACUAAAUCAUUUCAUUGAUUGUUCCUUAUUGCUCAUUCUUUCCACAGGGAACUAUUUUGGAUAGAAUAGAUUACAAUGUAGAACAAGCUGCUGUUAAAGUUGAAGAAGGCCUAGAACAACUUAGAAAGGUCAGUACUUGUAGUUUUAAUUAUCAUCUUGGAAGAGGAAGUGGAGUUUUCAAAGACUGUUUUUAAGUUUUUGUGGUUUUCUCUCAUUUGUUCGUUUUAGCCCUUAUCAACAAGAAAAAAAAAUUUCUGCUUUCAAUUUUCUGCGCUCUUGGGCCUUUUCCAUUAAAAAAAAGGAAUGGUGUCAUUUCAGAUUAAUUGUUGUAAAUCUUAUUGUUUGACACCAAGAAGUCCCAGGAGGCAAAAACCAGGCCUAAACAAAGAUUUUUCUGUUCAUGCCAAUAAACUCAAAAAGCCAGUUUAAUCCCCCAAAAACCACUACAUGAUUUCUAAACCACGAAGGAUGUUUCCAUCUCCCUAUGAACAUAAACCAGAGACCCCUUCCCACUCCCCCUCUGGAACCUCUGGAAAGCGGUUGGACAUUCUCCCCAGCUAAACUAGAGCAACUAAUUAAAUCAUAUAAUUAUAUAUUUGUCUUGUUUGCAGGGUGAGAAGCACCAGAAAGCGUCUCGGAAGAUGUUAUGUAUAAUAUUUUUAGCUAUUGUUGUAAUAAUAAUGCUUCUAGCUCUGGUAAUAACAAAAGCCAAAUGA